GAGAAAUCGAGAAUACUAGACACGUGAAUACAGUAGUAUUAAGCAGUGAGCAAGCUUUCCCAAUUUCAGACAUAGAAAGCGAAACCGCCAAAACCAUCAUUAUCGCCCCGACCUCAUCUUUCAACUUCCAUUCCCAAUUCAUUAUUCUACUUUCCGUUUCAACCCAUUUUCAAUCCCCUUGUGUCACUGUUUCUUCAAUAUGGAAUUGAAUCACACCAACAACAAGCAGACUCUGCAAGCUGCAAUGGAGAAUCAAAAUCAUCUCUCUUAUUCAGAUUCUUCAGACUCUGAAACAGAUAAAGCUAUUAAAUACUCUUCUCCAGCUCGUUUCCAUAGUACCGAUUAUGAUUCAGAUGAUUCUACUAAGUCCGACACAGAUAAAGCUAGCAAUAUUAAUACUAAUACUACUGCUACUGCUGCUCAUACUACUGUUAAUAGAGAUUCUACGAAGGUAUCUUCCUCGCGGGCGGAAUCUCCGGCGAGGUCAUCAAUUUCCUCCGAUCAAAUAUCUCUUCCUCACGAGUCAUUCCAUCCAGAGGAUAAUAAACCUUCUGCAGCUCCGACGAGGAGUCCGCCGGAGAAACCUCCGUCACCGGAAGCGGUGGUGAAACUGUCUAUGAAAGAGGAGCCACUGGCUAUAGUGAAAGCGGAUCUGGUGUUCAGUGAUGGUACCACUAUUGGGGAAGGUGGCGACGGAGGCGGUGGCAACCGGCGGAGGAAAGUAAGGCCGCCGUUAUCGAUUUUAAGAAAAGGGAAGAGGGAUGAGAUGGUGAAGAAAGCGGCUUUAGGUUUUAGGAUUUUUGGGUUUUUGUUUUGCUUGGUUUCGUUUUCUGUACUGGCAGCUGAUAGGAAUCAAGGUUGGGCUCUGGACUCUUUCGAACGUUACAAGGAGUUCAGGUACUCUAUGUCAGUGAACGUUAUAGGAUUCGUGUAUUCUGGAGCUCAGGCAUUCAGUUUGGCCUACCAAUCUGCCACAGGCAAGAACGUCGUGCAGCACCAUUUGCGUUACUUUUUUGAUUUUGCCCUUGAUCAGAUGGUGACGUAUCUUCUGAUAUCAGCAUCAUCUUCUGCUGCCACUCGCAUUGAUGAUUGGCAGUCCAAUUGGGGUAAGGACAAGUUUCCUGAUAUGGCAAGUGCCUCCGUAGCAAUGUCCUUCCUUGCAUUUGCAGCUUUGGCCUUCAGCUCCCUCAUAUCUGGCUAUGUACUAUGCAAUGCCAGAUCAACAUAGUCAUGCUAUGUUUGGGUCUAUUUGUUUGUCAUCCUUUGAAGUUUAAUGAAACUGUAUGAUAUGAAAAAUCAGUUGCAGGUUGUUCCGGUGAAGUAUAUACUGAGGUAUUCUUGAGUUAAUAGUGUAGUAAUGCUCCCUCCUUGUACAAGUAUAUAUUGUGUGUUGCGCAGUUUUAUCCUCUUGUUAGGGAGAUCCAAUUAUUAUGAGACAGACCAGAUGCAUUGCAACUUGUGGGACAAGUUAUCGGCCAUUGUUGUCUUGUCUGGUUUUUCCAAAGCCUUUGGAAUACGUAGGCCCAUGACCUUUCGAGAGUCCCAUCUUCAUGAAGUACCAUGAUGAUUUUUUUCUUUCUGGCAACCACACUUUGGUGCUCGUAUUUCUUUCGUGGUUUCUGUAGACCGCAAUCUGGUAAUUGUCUAGAUUUACACGUAUAGUUCUAAAUUCAAACUCAUUAAGCUGUCUUAAUUAUA